AUGCCAAAGAACGUAACUGAAGCAGGAUCGCAGGACAAGAGACUUGGGUCGAUUCAAGAGGACAUGUUAACAUAUCUACUCUCCGGUUCGUUUUUAAAUGCUCUUCUGAUCGUGGGAGACAAGUCACGAGACAUCGGCUUCAUCCGUACUCUCAACCGUACGAAUUUCGGAAGCGUCAACAUUUUCUUAGCACAGCCUGACGGUGGAGGUGGACCGAUAGUUCAUGUUGGACCUUUACAUUGGUAUUGGGGAAGCCUAGCAGCUGGAGGAGGCCCUCUCCCCAGUGAUGAAAAAGAUAGGCUGGUGAACGAGUUUAAUUGGGUAGGAUUUUGA